CCCGAGCCCAUCAAUUGUCCCUGAUGAUUGUGCCAUUGAUUUCCAAUGGCAUAUCCCCACCCCCACCCACUUCUAUAUCACCCUGCUAUUCUGCAAAAGCCUCAAGGUCGGAAACUCCCACUUUGCCGGCACCACCACUCAGCAAUAGGAGUAAACUCUUGAAAGAUCCCAUAUCUCAUCCCUUAGGGGCAUAUUAGUAGGCUACAUAGAGAGAUGCUAUAUCCAAAGGAGGAUCAGAUUCAUUCUGUCUUUGAAUUACCGCGAUGCUGACUUGUGCAGGCUCUGCAUUAUUGAGCUGGGCUGCUGCAUUGAUGCUGAAGGAGUAGAUCUCUCCUCUUAGCAGAGGCAGCAGCAGCAGCUACAGAACCAUCUCUGUGGCUCAAAUCCCUUGAGCAGCAGCAGCAGCUUGCACACCGGCACCCUUCUUCUGCUUUCAUUCAGCUCCUGCUCAUUUUACUGGGAGGGCACCAUGCCCCUGCAGUCCUACACCAGAGACAAGGACAAGUCGCCCCUCCUGCGCUGGGAUGAGGUGCCAGAUGAUUUUGUGGAAUGCUUCAUUUUAUCCGGCUACAGGAGGCUGCACCUCACUGCCCAGGAGUGCCUAGCUUCCAUAUUCCAGCCUACCAACGAGACCCUUAAUUUUUGGACGCAUUUCAUACCUCUGGUUUUGUUUGUCAGCAAGUUUUACCAUGUCUUCUUUUUGGCAGCAGAGCUGCCCUUCCACCACCCAGCUCUGCUUCCCCUUUGGUGCUAUGCCUCAGGAGUGCUACUGACAUUUGCCAUGAGUUGUACAGCCCAUGUGUUCAGCUGUCGCUCCCUGCGCCUGCGUGCAGUCUUCUUCUUUCUGGACUAUGCUUCUAUCAGCUACUAUGGCUUUGCCAGCACGGUGGCAUACUCCUACUAUCUGCUUCCCAGACUCAGUCUGCUGGACCCAGCUGUGAUGACACCUUACCUGCAAAGCUUGGGCUGGCACCAAGUGGAUUAUAGCAUGCUCCUGGGGCUGUAUGGAAAACUAGUGCUGCCUGUAGCUUUUAUUCUAGCUGUAACCUGCACGGUGGCAUGCUGCAAGAGCAGAGCAGAAGAUUGUUCUUACCCAUUUGCUAUCCGCACUUUUGUCUUUGCAAUGCCCCUCAGCAUGGCUUGUCCGGUCAUGAUUGAGAGUCUUCUGUUUGACCUUAGGAAGAGAAACCCUACUCUGUUUGUUCAUUUUUAUAGGCGGUAUUUCUGGUUGCUGGUAGCAGCUUUCUUCAAUGUCAGUAAGAUCCCAGAAAGGAUCCAUCCAGGGCUUUUUGACUUUAUAGGGCACAGCCACCAGCUCUUUCAUAUAUUCACUUUUCUUAGUAUCUAUGAUCAAAUGCAUUAUGUGGAACAGGGACUAGAAUCAUUCCUCAAAUCUCCAUCCAGCCUCCCUACCUUCCAGGGAACCAUAGGGUAUAUGCUGCUGUUAACGCUGUGUCUGGCUUUUGUAGUAAGGACCUAUUUAAAAGGACUUAGUAACACCAAACGGGACUAACAUUAGCAAAACACAAUUACUGUGGUAUAUAUUACAGGGUGCAUCCACAGAAAGAGCAUGCUGAUAAUAUUGGCUUCCCUAGCAGAAGAGCAUGCUGUUUAGGGAAUUUAUGUUUUGGUGCAAAAUUACAGUAAAAAAGGCAAUGCUUGGCUCUUGAGCUGCUAUUCUGUUAAAUACUGCAACUUUGUUGCACCUGGCUUGCUGCCACAGGGAAAUAAAGCAGAUCCAGCACUGAAAGUGCCUGCAUUUGUAAUUGCUUUUCGGGAGACAGCUUCUUGGUGAUGUGCACAGUGUAAAGCCAGCACUAUACCUAAUUGCAGCUCAAGAGCCUUUCAUUUCUGUAUUUAACCCACAGUUCCCAUGUUCCAAUGCUGUCUCAGAUUUUGCUGCACCAAAGAUGAAAUUGAUGUUCUACCACUAAACCUUUUAAAGAUGUAAAUUUCCUGUACCCCACAAACAGUUAGAAUUUUAAAAUUUAGAGUCCAAUCCACAGAAUUAAAAAAAACCCAUCAGAGCUGCUUAGAUGGCAUUAUCCAAACCAUUUCAGACAUACUGUAGCUUUAAUGUUGACUUUUGUCACUUACCCCAGUGGGUAUUUGCAAACUCCUAAUUAUGUUGUGUUGGAUACAACAUUGAGUCAGACUUACUUUUUGGAGGAAGAAGAUUUCAAUUUGCAUUCAAUAUGCAUAGAGAUGCCACAGACAAUAUCUUUGACUUGAACUUAAAAACUAGCUGCUAAAAUGUGGCAAAAAAUAUGCAUUUGUCAUAGGAGUAACUUGGCUGAACAAUGACACUGGUACCAAAAUAAUUUCAUGUAGAUGAGUGGACGCAUCUUUUAAUUGCAUUGUGCAAUAAAUAAAGGGCAUUAAUAGUUAUAUUAAAAUUUAGACAUUCAAAUGUAUGAAAGACUUAUAUGGACUAUUACCUUGUUAUUAUGAGUUAUGAUGCUUGUAUUUAUUAUGUUUUUGGGAUAUCUGCACUAGGACAAGCUUGGAAAUGUGUAGCAGCAUUACCUGACAGGGGGAGGCACUUUUAUCAAUGGUCAAAUUUCAAAUUCAUGGGAGUUUUUUAAACUCCCAUGAAUUCAAAAUUUGACUAGUCUAAAUUUAUAAAUAAAAUCUAAUGAAUUUAAACAACCCAAAAACUCCAACCAAAUUCGAUUUGAAUUAUAAAAACUCAAUUCGAAUUUAGAAGACUCGAUUUGAAUUUCUAUUCUCUGAAAAAAACUCAAAUGUCAGGAAGGCUACAAACAUCACCAAAUUGAUCCCUGGACCUCUCCCAUUGACUUAUACAGUAAUUCGGCAGGUUUCAGGUGGUGAAUAGUCGAUUUUGAGUUCUUGACAGAGUAUGACAAAUGUCGGAAUUCAAAUUAAAACUGUAAUCGAGUUUGGAUAAUUCACAAUUUGAAUUUGAGAGUUUUGACCAAAAAAAUUUGAAAAUUUUAAUUAGAAUUUUCACUG